GGCGCUCGCCGCUCUGUCUGCGCCUCUUUCAGCGCCCGAUGACUCUGUGCACGGGAGCGGCUUCGGUGGCGACGCUGGAAAGCGCCUCUGUAGCCGGCGACAUGGUGCAGCUGCCCUCGCCGCCGGAGCAGCAGCAGCGGCUCUUCCUUCUGCCCAGGCAGCAGUCGCUGGCCUCCCCCUUGGUGCUCAACCCCUUCGUGCAAGAGACGCGUUUGGACGCCAAGGACAAAUCCUGGGCUUUCUUGUUGGGCCUUAUUCUCCUCCCUCUGCGUGGUGUGGGCCUACUGCUGCUUUUGUUAAUGGCAUGGCCUUUUGCGGUUCUAGCGACAUCCUGCAUCCCUGAAAAAGGCACGGUGCCACUUCAAGGAUGGAAAAGGAGAGUAUCCAACAUCGCCCUCAUCAUCCUUGGCCGUGCCUUGUUCUUUGUGAUGGGCUUCCAAGUCAAAGGCAAAGGCAAAGUCGCCAGUCCUCAAGAGGCACCAAUCUUAGUGGCAGCCCCACACUCAAGCUUCUUUGAUGGCAUCAUUUGUGUCCUGGCAGGCUUGCCAUCUGUGGUAUCCAGGGAAGAAAAUCUCCUGGCACCCAUUCUUGGCAGGAUCCUUGAUGCACUCCAGCCUGUUGUGGUCUCCCGAACUGACCCAGAUUCACGGAAGCACACUAUCCAUGAAAUCACUAGGCGGGCAACCUCAGGAGAAGAAUGGCCUCAGAUACUGAUUUUCCCAGAAGGCACCUGUACAAACCGGUCAUGUUUGAUCACUUUUAAACAAGGAGCUUUUAUUCCUGCUGUUCCUGUUCAGCCUGUUCUUCUUCGAUACCCCAACAAGUUGGAUACUGUGACAUGGACCUGGCAGGGAUACAGCUUCAAACAGGCAUUAGUACUGACUUUGUGCCAGGUCUUUACCAAAGUUGAAGUGGAGUUUCUUCCUGUUCAUGUCCCAUCUGAGGCAGAAAAGAAAGACCCAGUCCUUUUUGCUAACAGAGUCCGUAACAAAAUGGCAAGCGCUUUGGAAGUGCCUGUCACAGAUCACACUUACGAAGAUUGUCGGCUCAUGAUUUCAGCAGGGCAGUUAACUCUUCCCAUGGAGGCUGGUUUGGUCGAAUUCACAAAAAUCAGCAAGAAACUGAAUCUCAGAUGGGACAGCAUCCGUGAGCAGCUGGAUCAAUUUGCAAUGAUCGCCAGCGUGUCCAAAGGGGGUCGGAUCGGGAUCGAGGAGUUUGCGAACUAUCUGAAGCUGCCCAUCUCCGAUGUCCUGCAGGAGCUGUUUACUCUUUUCGACAGAAAUGGAGAUGGUUCCAUAGAUUUCCGAGAAUAUGUGAUUGGCUUGUCAGUCCUAUGUAAUCCUGCCAAUACGGAGCAGACCAUUCAAAUGGCAUUUCAGCUUUUUGACAUUGAUGAAGAUGGCAGCAUAACAGAAGAUGAAUUUGCCCUAAUUAUCCGUUCAUCGCUAGGGCUUCCUAACCUUGAUGUUUCAAACCUCUUCAAGGAGAUUGAUGCUGACAACUCUAACAAACUCUCCUAUGAAGAGUUCAAGGAUUUUGCUGAGAAACAUCCUGAAUAUGCCAAGCUGUUUACAACGUAUCUUGAGCUGCAACGAUGCCAGAUAUUUACAGAGGCAGAAUUCAGUUCCGGCGAAGGCACACCUACAACCCCAACUUGUAUAUCUUCUUCUGAAACAACUCCAGUCCCAAGGAACAAAGUCUGUCCUCUACUAACUGAAGAGGAGCAUUCAAAUAUUUCAGAUAAAAAAGAAGACUGAAUCUGGAAAGCCUAAUAAAUAUUAAUUUAAUCUGCAGAAGGAUGCAUUUUAUUAAAUCCAAAUCUUGGCGGGAUUUUUUUAACCAUACAGAGUAAAGCAAAACCUUGCUUUAGGGACUUA